AAAUUUAUUCGUUAAAAUGAGACAAUCGAAUUCUAAAGAAAACAGACAUCAAAAUAGUACAAGAAAGAUGUCUGAUUAUAUAAAAAGCACAUUAGGAAGUAGUUAAUAAGUAGGUCAAGCAUUAUCAAAUAAAAAGAAUGCACUUAAUGAGUUGGAAAAUCAAUUACAAUAGCUGGUGAAAACAAAGAGUCAAUUAUAAUAAGUUUGUGGAGUUAAGGAGAAUAAAGAUAUUAGAUAGAGUAAGGAAAACAGGGAAAUGCUUUAUUAAUUAUAAUAAUAGUAAAACAUUGAUAGACAAACAUAAUUAGUAUAGGUAUAAAAUAUAAAUAUAUAUUUUUAGACAGGUAAUUUUGGACAUCCAGAAUCUUAAUUAUCACAUAGAAUAAGUACAUAAAGAACUUUGCCAGCAUUUGAAAUUCAUGAAGAGAUUCCUACAAUUGAAGAUUUAAGAAAAUUAUAAAAUUGGAUAUUAGAUUUGAAUAGUUUUAGUGUAGAAUAGAUGGAUGAACUAAAGAAACUAUCUUCAAUUAUAUUAUUUAGAAUGAGAAAUAUAAGAAAAUAAUGA